CGUUGUCUUCGGAUAGCACCUUCCUUACCGUCUCUUCGAGCGAUUUAGUUCGUUUUGGAGGCAUUCUUGCAGUUCUCAUUGACUUUUAUUUCGUCCUUGCUCAUCCUUUGACGAGAUUUCUGCAUGUGCUAGAGUUGAUACUGAUAUUUUAUAUCUCACUCUUUUUUUCUUGUGCGUGUCUUUUUUCACCCACACCUGUCACUCCUUUGCGCAUACAUUCCUUUGCGUUACUCUUUUCUAACUCUUUUCCUGCCCCCUUCCUGUCCUUUUCCUUCUUUUCAUCAUGGACGGUGCACAGACUGCCUUUGAUUCUCAGUAUCCUUACGGUUUUGAAAUCGACAUGAUGAAGCGCUCUAUGGAGCCAGUUGGCGGACCUGAUGCCAAAAAGGCCCGCUGGUCACCUACUUUUUCUCAAAAUACCGCCGGAUCUCCUACUGGCUCGUCGCCCCACGAUGCCUUUGCCAAUUACGGCUACGGUCCUCAAGCCGGCAUGGCCCAGCCUGGCUUCAAUACGUCUCCUUCUGCGACCCCCUUUGGCCCGAAUCAGCUUUACUCGACACCGCCGCUUUCCAUCAACACUCAGACAAACGGCUCAGGCAUGGGUGCCCAGCUCAGCCCCAAUUCGGCAGCCGGAUUCGCUCAACAGCAGCAGCAGCAGCCGAGUCCUGGUGGAGCGUCGCCAUAUGGAAUGAACAUGCUAGGCUUCCCGUACAACGGUCAAAUGGCCAACUUUUCCCAGGGCUUUGGACAACAGCGUCUGCCAUCUCUCAACAUUCAAGCUGCUCACGGCUACUCACCAGCCGCUCUCUCUGCCGCCCUCUCGGCAUCUACAGGCACCCUCCAGGGACGAACAGUGUACAUCGGAAACCUUCCUGCUACUGCGUCCGUCGACGAGCUCCUGAACCUUGUCCAUUUCGGUCCCCUAGAAUCUAUUCGCGUCCUUCCCGAAAAAUCUUGCGUUUUCCUCUCCUUCCUUGAUGGUGCUACCGCUGCUGCAUUCCACGCAGAUGCCACCAUCAAGAAGCUCGCUCUCCACGGACAGGAGCUCAAGAUCGGCUGGGGUAAGCCCAGCCCGGUCCCUGCCCAAGUAGCUUUGGCAAUCACUCAGAGCAACGCCAGCCGGAAUGUUUAUCUCGGUGGAUUAGACGAGAAUAUGACAGAAGAGCAGCUGCGUGACGAGUUGAGCAGAUUUGGGUUGAUUGACCAGGUUAAAAUCGUCCGGGAUAAGAACAUUGGCUUCGUCCACUUUUUGAGCAUUGCGAUUGCCACCAAGGUUGUCAAUACGCUUCCGACGGAACCGAAACUGGGCCGGCAAACUCGGCUAUGCACUUCGCCGAUGAGUGCUAACCCGAAUGGAUUCAACAGUCCGUUCAGUCCCUAUAGCGCCUUCCCGCCGUCUGUAGACGCGCUCAUGGCUGCCGGUGCUGGAGCAAGCAUGCAAGGAUUGAACCGGACGGUCUAUCUGGGUAAUAUUCACCCGGAGACUACGACCGAAGAUCUGUGCAACUCGAUCAGGGGUGGUGUCUUACAGAGCAUACGGUAUAUGCAGGAUAAGCAUAUCGCUUUCGUCACAUUCGUUGACCCUGCGGCGGCCUUCACGGCUAUGACAAUCAACAACAGGCGGCCUGAAGAUUGGAUGGGGAAAGAAUUCAGGCCCUUUGCCCCCGACCUUAGGCCUCUUGCUGUUCACUCGGGUGCCACGAGGAAUGUCUACAUUGGAAACGUCGAGGACUUUGAGACGUUCACAGAGGAGCGACUGAAGAGGGACUUUGGAGAGUACGGCGACAUUGAGCUGGUCAACUUUCUCAAGGAAAAGAACUGUGCCUUUGUCAACUUUACGAACAUUUCCAACGCGACCAAGGCCAUCGAGGCCAUCAAGAGCAAGCCCGAAUCGGGACCGCAGGGGGCAUCUGGUGGACGGAGGUCGACGUCAGGUGCGGGCGCUCCCGAAGAUAUGGAGGGCGUCGAGGGUGGGGAUGGGGAUGAAGUCGCCAACAUCGAGCCGAUGGCGGCAUAGAUGGUAUUUCAUUUUCUAACUGCAACUACGGAUCGGAUCGUAAUUCAAGGAUACCCCCCCUCCUCCCCCCUCUCCUACUGCCCACUGUCGGAUGCGAUGAAUUGAAAAAGGGGCAUAUCCCGGUCGCACUGUACUUGGGGGCUCGGGGUUGGUCCUUGGUUUCCCUUUGAACCAGAGAACCGCCCCCUUGGGCUAUUGGUUGUUAUUUUCUUUAUCAUCUUCGUACUUCCAUUCCAUCCUUUUCUUCUUCCUUCCUUCUUCCUUAAUUAUUCAGAAAAUCCGUGUGUUUAUUCCAUUAACUUGUGUGCGAAUAUCGUAUCAUAUCUUUUUUUUACUCUCUUUCGCUUGCCUAUCUAGUGCGCGGUCCUCUCGUUUUCUUACUUAUGCUC